GCAUUCCGCUUUUUAUAAGCUUCUGACUGGACUCGGCCUCGUCUGCGCCGAAAAAACCCACUCCGAUGGAUAUUCCUAUGAGACCUCCCUGAAUUACCUCCCUUUGGCCGGCCCAGCGAAAUACCUAUCCAUACCCCGACCAUGCCGGAAGGCAUUUACCAGGCCGAGCCCCCGGUCCGGCCGGCCGAUGCCGACGCCCCGGAGCAACAGCACCGGCGCCAGAAUGACCACGGCACCGGCCGCCAGCGGACCGCGACCGGCACCACCGAAAUCGACGAAACCCUGAGCCACCCGGGCUCCGUGCGCAUCAACGUCAAGGGCGCCUUCAUCGUCGAUCAGGAAACCGCCACACCCAUCACCCCCGACGGCCGAAGUGGGUCACCCGGCCGUCAUGAGACCAAGGACAUCCGGCUGCCGAACCAUACCGCCGUGGUCAGCCAUAUCGCUGUUGAUAUUGGCGGCUCGCUCGCCAAGCUCGUCUACUUCUCGCGCGAAGCGCACACGACCGAGCCCGGCGGCCGGCUCAACUUCAUUAGCUUCGAGACGGACCGCAUCGAUGAGUGCCUCGAUUUUAUGCACCGUCUCAAGGACAAGCACCUGCAGCUUAACGGGAGCGGGAACGGGAACGGCGAUGGCUCCUCGAACAGGCUCGCUAACGACCUGUGCGUCAUGGCCACAGGCGGCGGCGCGUACAAGUUCUACGACAAGAUCCGCGAUGUGCUCGGUGUCGACGUGUUGAGGGAAGACGAGAUGGAGUGCUUGAUCAUCGGCCUUGAUUUCUUCAUCACCGAAAUCCCCCGCGAGGUGUUCACCUACUCUGAGGCGAACCCCAUGCACUUCGUCGAGCCGUCGGAGAAUGUCUACCCGUACCUACUCGUUAACAUCGGCUCCGGCGUGUCCUUCCUCAAGGUGUCCGGGCCGCGCAAGUACGAGCGUGUGGGUGGCACUUCGCUCGGGGGCGGCACGCUGUGGGGCCUGCUCAGCCUGCUCACCGGGGCGCGCACCUUCGACGAGAUGCUGGAACUUGCAUCGCAGGGGGACAACACCAAGGUGGACAUGCUCGUCGGUGACAUCUACGGCACCGACUACGGCAAGAUCGGGCUGAAAAGCACGACCAUCGCUAGCUCUUUUGGCAAGGUCUUCCGGAAGAAGCGGCAAGCCGAGCAGGAAGCCGAGGACAGCGGCGGCCAGCGGCACAAGGACCACCACCGCCAAUCACGACAACAACAACACCAGCCACAGCCAUCAGCGCCGCAUCCCUCCUCUCAACCCAGCCAACCCGGCCAACCAUCCGCCGACGAGGCCGGCCGCCCCUCUCAGGAGCAGGAGGGCUCCUCCUACGACGAAUCGCGGCCCUUCUCGGCCGCCGACAUUUCCGUCUCGCUGCUGUACGCCAUCUCCAACAACAUCGGCCAGAUCGCCUUCCUGCAGUCGCAGAUCCACGGCCUGUCGCACAUCUACUUCGGCGGUUCCUUCAUCCGCGGCCACCCGCAGACCAUGAACACGCUGAGCUACGCCAUCAAGUUCUGGUCCAAGGGCACCAAGCAGGCCUACUUCCUCCGCCACGAGGGCUACCUGGGCGCCGUCGGUGCGUUCCUCAAGAGGCAGCCGCGGAAUUGGGGUAGGCGGGGCAGCUUUGAGGAAGCCGGCGCCGCCGGCGGGCCGGCGAUGGAUCUGAGAUUGCGGGCGAGAGGUGGCGGUGAGUAGUCCGCGUGGAGACUGAGGGAGGCAGGGGGUUGAGGUUACGAAGGCUCAGCGUCCUGCCGAGCAAGCUGGGUGGCUGGUUUGGCCGUGCCUUUGGCAUCUCUGCGGAGCGAACUGUUCUUCUUCCUCCGCCCUGGUUUGGAUGGCUCUCCUUGAUGUGGGAAGCGUGUUUUGCAUGCAUGGUCUGGAAGCUGAUAUCCUGCCAUGACGGUUGGUUUGGGCGGUGGGACUCCGUGGCCCAGGUGGUACAGCGAAUACUGUUCGUAUCAUAUAGCGGUAUUGCAUUUUGUUGUAUAAGCGCCUGCAGAGUAAUAGACUUGAACGGCAUCUGGGAAUCCUUCUCCCCAGCUGGAUUACC